AUGCGCGUCGUGCGUCAACUAGCAGACGACGAGCGUGCAAAGUGGCCGCUUGCCGCUUACGAGGCCGCGAGUCACAUGUAUAUGGAUGACUAUAUUUCAUCGGUAGACUCUGUAGAUGCCGCGGAGAAAAUAUACAAAGAAAUGAUAGAUUUGUUUUCGGCGGGAGGUUUUAAAUUGGUGAAAUGGAUCUCGAAUAGCUCGGAUUUAUUAAAUAAAAUUCCUAACUCAAUUAAAAGCCCGCAUCUUGUAGAUUUCGACGAUGCUCAAACAACUACGAAAAUUGUAGGCAUGCUUUGGUAG